AUGUCGUCGAAAGCUGCCUCGAGGAGCCAGAAGCGCCCACAGCGAAAAGACACCAAAAACUCAGGAUCGCGUCCGUUGCCUCGCCUGAAUUGGACUCUGGUAUCCCUCACCACUGGCUUCCUGGCCUUGGUGGCCGCUUGGUGGUUUCAAUUGCUAAGUUCUGAGACGGCUUUGGAGACUCCCUUGAAUUUCUUUCGGUCCAUUGAGGAAGAUUCCUAUUGGGAGGGACGUCGGGAAGAGGUCAAAGAUGCCUUCGUGACCAGCUGGGAUGCUUAUGCUAGAUAUGCUUGGGGGAAAGAUCGCUUUCACCCAGUUUCCAAGACUGGCUCGCAAAUGAGCCCCAAGGGUCUAGGGUGGAUUAUAGUUGACAGUUUGGACACCCUGAUGAUCAUGAACCAGACCGCUCGGCUCUCGGAUGCGCGCAAAUGGCUUCAGCGAGGCUUGACUUAUAAUCAGAACCAGGAGGUAAACACAUUUGAGAUGACUAUCCGCAUGCUUGGGGGGCUCUUAUCUGCCCAUUACUUAUCUACCAUUCUGCCGGACGUUUCGUCCCGGCGAGACUAUGUUUACUUGGCUAAAGCUGUGGAUCUGGCAGACCGGCUGCUUGGUGCAUAUGAGUCAAAAUCAGGAAUACCAUAUGCAAGUGUGAAUCUUGGGACUCGACAAGGACUUCCAUCGCAUGCAGACGGUGGAGCUUCAUCAACCGCCGAGGCCGCUACUCUCCAGUUGGAGAUGAAGUAUCUCGCCCAUCUCACUGGCAAUAGAACCUACUGGCAGAAGGCCGAGCGGAUCAUGGAAAUCAUAGAUGAUCAGCAAAUGCAGGAUGGCCUGGUACCGAUUUUUAUUCACCCUGAUACUGGACAAUUUAGGUGCCGGGAGAUUCGUCUUGGAAGUCGCGGAGAUUCAUACUAUGAAUACCUAAUCAAACAAUACCUGCAAACAUCUGGGCAGGAGCCAAUCUACCGCGAGAUGUGGGAACAAGCCUUGGCUGGGAUCCAGAAACAUCUUGUGACUUCUACCAAACACUCGAAGCUCCAGUUCAUUGCCGAGCUCCCGCAGGGAAUUGGUGGGCCUCUAUCCCCGAAGAUGGACCAUCUCGUCUGUUUCUUACCAGGCUCAAUUGCCCUUGGCGCUACCGAGGGACGAACCGAAAAGGAAGCCCGACAGACGCCUGGAUGGAAUGCCCAGAAGAAACAGCAAAUGCAGCUGGCGCGGGAACUUACUAAAACCUGCUGGGCGAUGUACACAGUCACCGAUUCCGGUCUGUCCCCGGAAAUUGCCUGGUUCGAGGUCGACGAAGCCGAUCUCGGACCGUCUUCUGGGCCAUCGCCGCGGCCGUCAAGUAGGGAUGAUGUGAAUUCGUGGAAACACGACAUUAUCAUCAAACCGCUAGAUGCGCACAACCUCCAGAGGCCCGAAACGGUUGAGAGUCUUUUCCUGAUGUAUCGAGUGACAAACGACCCCAUAUAUCGGAAAUGGGGCUGGGAGAUCUUCAGGGCCUUCCAGAGGCACACGAAAGUCAGCGACGACCAAGGAUAUACGUCCUUGCAAGACGUUAGAGAGGUUCCUCCGCCGCAACGAGAUAAUAUGGAAAGUUUUUGGCUGGCCGAGACCUUGAAAUAUCUAUACCUGCUUUUCUCUCCGAGGGAAUUUCUACCCCUAAGCGAGGUGGUAUUCAACACGGAAGCCCAUGUCCUUCCUCGAUUUAAUCAAACGAGAUUCCAGACAGGGUGGAGCCGUAUGAAGCGUUUUUGA